AUGGCUUCCGCGCCCGGAUACAGCAGCCAGGAUGUGGAUGCUGAGUACCUGAAGAAGACCACGCAGGAGUAUGUUCUCGCCAGCAGUGAGAAGCUUUCAACUCCGGAGGUGGAGGGAUACGAUUUCAACAAAGGCGUAGAUUUCAACGGCAUCCUAUCGUCUUUCAGCAGCACAGGAUUCCAGGCAACAAACCUGGCAAAGGCCAUCGAAGAAGUCAACCGCAUGCUGGACUGGUCCCUUGCAGAUGAUCCGGUGCCUGAUGACGAGGUUGAUGAGUUCAAACUGGAGGAGGAGCGCCGAAAGGUCAAGACCAAGAUUUGGCUGUCCUACACAUCCAACUUGAUAAGCUCGGGGCUUCGGGAGUGCCUGCGCUUCCUGGCGCAGCACAGCAUGAUUCAAGUCAUGAUAUCCACUGCGGGCGGGAUUGAGGAGGACAUAAUCAAGUGCCUGGCACCCACUCACCUCGGCGAAUUCGCUUUGGAUGGUACUGGACUUCGACGACGCGGCAUCAAUCGAAUUGGGAACCUCCUUGCUCCCAACGACAACUACUGUUUGUUUGAGGACUGGAUAAUGAAAAUCCUGAAUGCCAUGCAUGAUGAGCAGGAAAACGAUGGUGUUGUGUGGUCUCCGUCCAAGAUGAUUCAUCGAUUUGGGAAGGAGAUCAACCACCCCGCCUCGGUCUGCUAUUGGGCAUAUCGCAACAACAUACCCCUUUUCUGCCCAGCGAUCACGGAUGGCUCGAUAGGGGAUAUGCUGUACUUCCACAGCUACAAGCGAAGUGGCUUUGUGGUGGAUCUGGUGCAGGACAUCCGAAGAGUGAAUGAUGAGGCCAUGAAAGCCCGAAAGACUGGAGUCAUUGUUCUUGGAGGAGGCUUGGUGAAGCACCACUGUAUGAAUGC